AUGUCGGGAGGCUGGAAUACAAUCGAGUCAGACGCUGUGAGUUUAGCAUUUCGUGGUCAAUGUUCUGCGCAUACUAACAAUCGCUCANNGGGCGUCUUCACGUAUCUGCUAGAGAACCUCGGAGUCAAGAACGUUCAGUUCGAGGAGCUCAUCUCAUUAGACGCACAAUCGCUGGGCCAGCUAUCACCGCUUGGAGUCAUCUUCCUCUUCAAGUACAACAAUGAAGGCCGCAAAUCAGACGGUCCACUAGAUGGACAAUUCGACUUCGAAGCAACAUACAACCUGGACGAUGCUGGCAGUGGAGGCGACGGCAAGGGCAAGGUGUGGUUUGCCGCUCAGACAAUUCAGAAUGCCUGUGGUACACAAGCGCUGCUCAGCGUUUUGAUGAACAAGGAUAACGCCGAUGGUGUUGAGUUGGGUCCUCAUUUGACAGACUUCAAGGACUUCACCGCCGGCUUCCCACCAGACGUAUGUGAUUCGCUUCGACAAGCACGGCAGGCAGUCAAGCUGACAACUCCANNGAUUCGUGGUGAAGCUCUUAGUAACAGUGACCUUAUCCGCGAUACUCACAACUCCUUCGCCCGCAGCUCGCCAUUCGUGUCAGACGAGACCCGUAUGGCCACUCAAGACGACGACCUCUUCCACUUUAUCGCAUACACCAGCAUAAACGGCAAACUCUACGAACUCGACGGUCUCCAAGAAGCCCCUAUCAACCACGGUCCUUGCACUCCUACAGACUUCGCNCAAAAAGUCAUUCCCGUGCUCCAACGUCGCAUCGAAAGAUACCCCUCCAACGAGAUUCGUUUCAACCUACUGGCUAUGUGUCAAGAUCUACGUGCGAAGGCACGAGAGUUUGGAGACGAAGAUAUGCUGUAUCGUGAGNNGGAAGAGAAGCGCCGCGCGUGGCAAUGGGAAAAUGCUCUGCGCAAACACAACUUUGUCGGUUUCGUGGGCGAGUUGAUGAAGGGUGUCACUGCUGCAAAGAUUGCAGACGGUUCUUACGAUGCUUGGAUUGAGGACUCGAAACAAAAGACGAAGAAGAAGUUGGAAGAGGGCAAGAAGAAGGGAUACAACCCUGAUGAGAUGGAGAUGUGA